AGAAGCGAAGAGAGUGAGAGUGAGCGGGAAAAAGAUUGAACGAGUGCUUUCUCAUCCGAUGAUUGUUUUGUGUGGUUGAAACACGCAAGUUCAUUUACGAAAUGUAUGUGAAGUCAAUGGUAAUUGAUGGUUUCAAAUCCUAUGGCCAAAGAACGGAAAUCAAUGGGUUUGACCCUAUGUUUAAUGCCAUAACAGGGUUAAAUGGCAGUGGUAAAUCCAAUAUUCUGGACGCUAUAUGUUUCCUCCUUGGAAUCACAAACUUGAGCCAUGUGAGAGCUAUGAAUUUGCAAGAGCUAGUUUACAAAAGUGGACAAGCAGGUGUCACAAAAGCAACAGUUACGGUCACAUUUGAUAACAAGGACAAAAAGCAAAGUCCGAUAGGUUAUGAACAUUAUGAUGAAGUCACGGUUACUCGACAGGUUGUCAUUGGUGGAAAAAACAAAUAUCUCAUUAAUGGGUCCAAUGUUCAAAACAAUCGUGUUCAGGACUUUUUCCGAUCGGUUCAGCUGAAUGUAAACAAUCCUCAUUUCCUUAUCAUGCAAGGAAGAAUUACUAAGGUUUUGAACAUGAAACCACCUGAAAUAUUGGCAAUGAUUGAAGAAGCUGCAGGAACUAGAAUGUAUGAAGCAAAGAAACAACAAGCCAUUAAAACAAUUGAGAAAAAAGAAGAAAAGAUUAAAGAGAUCAAUGAUAUUCUUUCCGAAGAAGUUACACCUACACUUAACAAACUGAGGGAGGAGCGAACUCAAUACUUGCAGUUUCAAAAAACGGAACGUGAACUAGAACACCUGAACAGACAAUAUGUCGCUUAUAGGUUCUUGAGCCUUGAACAAGCCAAUGCCCAGGUCAAAGAGGAAUACAAUGAGCUUCAAAAAGAAAAAGAAAAUCAUUUCGCUGCUGGAGAAAAACUCAAGUGUGAAAUUCAAACAUUGGAAAAGGAGAUUCGCUCACUUCAACAACAGCGAGAUCAAGUUGGUGGCCAGGAGCUGGUAUUGCUUGAAGAAAAAUUGCUUGUCCAAGAAAAAGCCGAAUCGAAAGCGCAAUCAGCUGUUAAAGUUCUAAAAGAGAAUAUUAAAAUAGAAGAAAAAAAGAAAAAAGAACUGAAAAAGAGUCUUGCUGAUGACACUGCUGCUCUGAAAGGCAAGGAGGGAGAAGAAAAUAAACUUGGCGAAACGUUUGAAAAAUUACGUCAAAGGGAACAACAGGAUACCGAAGCUUUGGCGGCGGCCCAAAAACGAUUUCAGGAAAUCAGUUCCGGUCUGUUGGCCAGCGAGAAUGGCGCAGCAGCCACAUUACCCGAAGAACUUAUGGCGACGGAAAAGAACGUUGCACAAGCUGAAUCGCAACUUAAGCACUGCGAGAUGACCGCUCAGCAUCUAAAGAAAGAAUUAAAGGUGAAAAUUAAUGAAAUGAAGAAGUCAGAAGCUGAUUACAAGAAUGAUGCGCAAACCUCUAAGCAUCUUGAAAAUGAAGUCAAGAAGCUUGAAGCUGAACUCGGAAAAAUUCACUACGAUGAGACGCAAGUAGACAACCUCGAACAGCUGCAACGAAGUUUGAAGCCUCAACUGCAAUCACUGCGGGAAAAAAUCGAGUCAUUUGAAGCACGAUAUCCCCAAUUGAACUUUCGGUAUACGACACCUGAAAAGCAAUUUGACGGAUCUGCUGUGAAAGGUGUUGUGUGCAAUUUAUUUGACGUUCCGGAUGUAUUUUACGCUACUGCGCUGGAAGUUAUUGCUGGCGGUCGGCUGUACAAUGUUAUUGUUGACAAUGACACUACUUCAAAGAAACUUCUUCAGAAAGGCCAGCUCCAAACACGUGUCACGUUUAUUCCGCUCAACAAAAUCCAAGGCAAAGCCAUUGAUGAUCGAACAACAGCAACUGCGAAAAAAAUCGUUGGCAAAGAAAAUUGCCACACCGCUUUAUCUUUGAUUGGUUUUGAUCAAGAACUGACCCCGGCCAUGCAAUACAUUUUCGGAAGCUCCUUCGUUUGCAACACUAUAGAAGACGCGCGCAAAGUUACGUUCCACGAGCAAAUCAUGCGGAAGGCGGUCACUUACGACGGGGACAUCGUUGAUCCAGGAGGUCUUUUAACUGGUGGAAGUAAAUCAACAGGUCCUUCGCUUCUCGCUAAAUUGAACGAAUUGAAACAAUAUCGCAGCGAAUUUGAAGAAAAACAUCAUCAAUUAAAAAAUGCUGAACAAGAGCUUCACGUUAUGGAGCAAGCAUCAGGGCAGUAUCGAACACUGAAACAGCGCUACGAUGUGAAAAGACACGAGUUUGAAUUGCUUCAUCAAAGACUGCAGCAAACGCUUCACCAUCGCCAGACACAAGAAGUUGAGACUAUGAAGGUCGAAUUGGAAGCAGUAGAGCAAAAAGCUGUUGAGUGCGCUGCCAUCAUUAAACAAGGGAAAACAAAAAUCAAAGAGUUAGAGGAUCAAGUGAAGAAUGCUAGUAAAAUUCGAGAAACUCAGCUUAAAGCGGCUCAGGCGGAACUAGAACGCUGCAAAAAGGCAGCUUCCAUGUCGCAAUCCAAAUGGAAAGAACACGCCAAUGAAGCGGAUUCGCUUAAAUUAGAACUGGAAGAACUUCGCAAAUUUAUCGAAACUACUGAUAUUCAGCUCAAAGAAACCGAAACCACAUUAGCGAAGUAUCACGAAGAAAUGAAGAACCUGAAUGAAACUCUAGCAGUAGAGCAGGCUAAUGUUCAGGAAGUGAGACAAGAAAUUGGGGAAGUCAAGGAGCGGAUGGCGGCUCAAAAUCAAGAGAUCUCUAAACGAAUAGCAAGCAAAGAGCAACGUGAGACUCAGGUGAAUGAAGAAGAAUUACUCAUGAAAAAAUUAGAACAUCGACUUUCUAAAGCAAAGGACGAUGUCAAAGAUUCAGAAAAACGAGUCGAAGCAAUGCUGGAAAAGCAUCCAUGGAUUAGCGAAGAUCGACAUCAUUUCGGAGUAGCUGGCUCCAACUACGAUUUCAACGUUAUCAACGGUGCAGAAUUAGGGCAGCGCGUGAACAAGUUUGAAGAGUCGAUGAAAAAACUGGGGCGACAUGUUAACGUACGAUCCAUGACAAUGUUGACGCAAGCGGAGGGCCAGUAUAACGAUCUGAUGCGUAAGAAGAGGAUUGUAGAAGAUGACAAAUCGAAAAUUGAAAACGCUAUUCUGAAAUUGGACGAAAAGAAAAAAGAAACUCUUCAAGUUGCAUGGGAGCAAGUGACUAAAGAUUUUGGCUCCAUCUUCUCCACGUUGUUGCCCGGAACGAAAGCCAAGCUUCAACCCCCAGAAGGUCAAACUGUGCUGGAUGGUCUCGAAGUCAAAGUUGCUUUUGGUGGUGUGUGGAAAGAAAGUUUAGCCGAGUUGAGUGGUGGUCAAAGGUCCUUGGUCGCACUUUCCUUAAUCUUAGCCAUGCUGUUGUUCAAACCAGCACCGAUCUAUAUUCUUGACGAAGUGGACGCAGCCUUAGAUUUAUCUCACACUCAAAAUAUUGGAGUUAUGUUAAAACAACAUUUCAAACAGUCACAGUUUAUCGUCGUGUCUUUGAAAGAUGGUAUGUUCAACAAUGCUAACGUCCUGUUCCGCACCAAAUUCGUUGAGGGCAUGUCAACGGUUAGUCGUCUGGCUCAGCAGACUUCUGCUUCUUCCCAUUCCCGCCCUGGAGAAGAUGACGAAUCUAGGCCCAAGAAACGAAAGUAAAAAAAAAAC